CUUUGAGCACAAGCUAAAUAAGGUGUUUUUUCCGAUUCAUAUAAAUACGAACCAAACAAGGCCUUGGGUUUCCAACCCUCGCAAACUCUCUCUCUGAACCAGCCAUGGCCGCGCUGCAGUACCUGGAGUCGCUGCGCAACGCGCAUCCGGAGCUCGCCGAAUGGUACAAUUCACUUGCAGAUCUGUACCAAAGGAAGCUAUGGCACCAGCUCACUCUCAAGCUCGAGCAGUUUGUUGCUCUCUCCGUCUUUCAGGCUGGUGAUGCUCUGAUACAGUUAUACCACAAUUUCAUCACCGAUUUUGAGACUAAAAUCAACCUUCUCAAGCUUGCACACUUUGCAGUCAUUGUUUCUCGACAGUACCCAGAGAAGGAAGCUGCUAUCAGUUACCUAGAAGGGGUAAUUGAGAAGCUUCAAGCCACUAGAGAGCAACGCAUAGAGGAGCCAAUCCUUUACAUUAAGAUGCAAAUAGCAAUAUUCCAACUUGAACAACAAGACCAAAAAGGUUGCAAAAAGCUUCUAGAAGAUGGAAAGACUACACUUGACAGUAUGACUGAUAUCGAUCCAUCUGUGUAUGCUAGCUAUUAUUGGGUGUCAUCUCAAUAUCAUAAGUUCCGUCAAGAAUUUGCUGAGUUCUACAAAAGUGCUCUUCUUUAUCUGGCAUACACAUCAGUGGAGUCUCUCUCAGAAUCAUUCAAGCUGGAUCUGGCAUUUGAUUUGUCCCUUUCUGCGCUCCUGGGAGAUAACAUCUACAACUUUGGAGAGCUGCUUGCGCAUCCUAUUAUUAAGUCUCUUCUUGGGACAAAGGUAGAGUGGCUUUACUAUAUUCUUCAAGCGUUCAACUCUGGUGAUUUAGUUCGGUAUCAAGAGUUAUGCCGUGUGCACAAUGCUGCUCUGAGAGCACAACCGGCAUUAGUUGAUAAUGAGAAUAAGCUUUUGGAGAAGAUUAACAUUCUGUGCUUGAUGGAAAUUAUCUUCAGCCGGCCAGCUGAAGAUCGAACUAUACCAUUGAGUAUCAUUGCAGAGCGUACCAAACUUUCGGUCGAGGAUGUGGAGCAUCUUCUUGUGAAGAGCCUUUCUGUUCAUCUGAUCGAGGGAAUAAUCGAUCAGGUCGAGGAGACGGUGCAUGUGUCCUGGGUGCAGCCAAGAGUUUUGGGGAUUUCACAGGUCAAAUCAUUGCGUGAUAGGUUGGACAGUUGGUUGAAGAAAGUCCAUGCUGCUUUGUUAUCUAUCGAGGCGGAAACACCUGAUUUGGUUGCAUCGUGAGUCGCCUCUUGCUUUAUUUUCUGCCUAGUGUAACAAUUCCUGAUCCGGAAAAAAAAGAAAAAAAAAAAAAGGAAAAAAAAGGGGGGGGGGGUGUUUCAAAAUGCAAAGGCGGCCAGGAAACACAGAUCUUCGGUUGAUUGAACACCUUGGGCCUACUUCUUUUAUGCUGCUUUUCUUGUUGGUGAUGCUUUUUUUGUUGAAUCAUUUCCCUGGAAGGAGCAGCCUUGUGUACUGCACUUGGGAGUAAUAUUCCAUUUUAUAGUGGCAUGCCUAGAGACAUGGUGAGUCAAUUAAACACGCUGCGUUAUAACUUUGUAUUCUGAAUUUUCUUUCCUUAGAUACCUUACAUUUAUGCAUCUUUCGUUAGUUUUAACGAUUUUCUC